CAGUGACAUCAGACAUCAGUCGCACGGCGUCACUCCUCCGAGCGACUUCGCGCUACUCUGUCACUUGUAUUUAAAUAAAUUAUUAACUUAAUUUAUAAAAUAUAUUAUUUUUAUAAAAUCAUAAAUUCUUCAAUUAAAAAAAAAAAAAUUAAAUAAUCAUUUUUAAAAAAAUUAUCUGUCAGCAAAUAAUUAUUUUUUAAAAAUAAAAUCUUAAAGGAUCAAUUGAUAUGAGUUAAUGUCAAUUUAUUUAUUAUUAUUGUGAUUGAUUUGUCAAUGGAUUUAAAACGUGCGGGUAAAUUAUAUUGAAGAAAUUAUUUUAUUAUUUAAAAGCAACAAGUGUUUGACAGAAAUAAUAUUUUCCAAAAUCUAUUGAAAACUUAAAGAAAAAUAAAAUUUUUUACUCUUAUUUUUUGCAUUUAUCGAGUGGCACUACAACGAAAUAAGUAGACAAAUUAAAGUAGUAUUUUUUAAUUUAUUAUUUUAAAAUAUAUAUUUAAAUAUCAAAAUGAAUGGAACAAGUACAAUUGUUGAGGAAGAAAGUAUAACUAAGAAUUGUAAGAAACCAGGACCACUUAGAAGUGUAACAUGGAGUGAAAAUGUUGACGAAACUGAACUUGAGGUACCAGGAACACCUAGAACUCCUAGGACAUCCACGACUCCAGGCCAUGAAAAAUGUACAUUUCAUCACGACUUGGAGCUAGAUCACCGUCCGCCAACAAAAGAAGCACUAUUGCCAGAGAUGUCCAAAAGUUACAGACGUUUAUUGAGAUCACUAGGUGAAGAUCCAGAUCGACAAGGACUUUUAAAAACGCCUGAACGUGCUGCUAAAGCCAUGUUAUUUUUUACCAAAGGCUACGAUCAGAGUCUUGAUGAUGUUAUAAAUGAUGCAGUGUUCGAUGAAGAUCAUGAUGAAAUGGUGGUGGUUAAAGACAUCGAAAUGUUUUCAAUGUGCGAGCAUCAUUUGGUACCAUUUUAUGGGAAAGUUUCAAUUGGAUAUUUACCAUGCAAAAAAAUUCUUGGAUUAAGUAAAUUAGCUAGAAUUGUCGAAAUUUUUAGUCGAAGACUUCAAGUACAAGAACGUCUGACAAAACAAAUAGCUAUUGCUGUCACUAAAGCCGUUGAACCAGCAGGAGUUGCUGUCGUCGUUGAAGGAGUACAUAUGUGUAUGGUGAUGCGUGGAGUACAAAAAAUAAAUAGCAAAACAGUAACAUCAACAAUGCUCGGUGUCUUCCGAGAUGACCCUAAGACACGUGAAGAAUUUCUCAACCUCGUUCACUCAAAAUAAAUAAAUUUAAUUUAUGAAAAAUAUUUUUUAAUCUUAAUUAUGAUUUUAUCAGUUCAAAAAUAUUAAUUGCGUAAAAAAAGUAAAUAAUUAAAUUUUAUUUAUUAAGAGUGAGAUUUUUAUUGUCAAAUAAUAAUAUUGUAGGUUUCAAUGUCUGGUAAUUAAUAUUAAUAAUAAUAAUAAUAAAAUUUAUUUAAUUAAUGAAUUUAAAAAAAUUAAUGGGGAAUAAAAUAUGUAAGAGUUUGAGAGAAACUUGAAAGUUUAAUUAUAAAACUGCUGAAAGCGUGACAUGGCGACAAUAAAAAUAGUAAUAAUUAUUAUUGCAAUUGUUAUUAUUUUUUUUUAUAUAAAAAGUUUAUUAUUUUUUUAGCUGCCUUCAAAAGAGGAUAACAUUCAAGUUUCUCUUGUUACUAAUGUAAGACAGUGUUAUAUUUUUGACAAAAUGAUCUCAUUCUUUUAUUUUUAAUUAUUUUAAUCUUUAAUCUUUAAUAGAUUUUAGUAUAAUUUAAAACUAUUUGCAAGAUUCAACGGCCAUGAAUCUUACGAAUAGUAUUUGGAAAGUAACAAAAUGGUUGUAAACAAUCAACUUCAGAUGUGCAAUUAAAUUUUUUUUUUAAUUUACUAUCACUUUUAGUCAUCUAAUAAUUUCAACUGCUGGUUCAUUGUACUUUGAAAUUAAAAAAAAAAACAGAUUGAUACGUAUUUUAUUUCGGGUACUCCCUAAUUAUCAUUAGAAAAAAAAUUAACUGUCGGUUAAUUUUUUUUUAUUGACCAAUUGAACAAGGAGUUCUAAAAAUAAAAAAAUUAAGUAAUUUAAAGUUGAAGUUAAAUUAUUAAUGUUAUUGAUAUGAAAAAAUAUUAAUGAAUUUAAAAGAGAAUAUAAUUAUAUAAAAUUUUAAACGGAAUGAGUAUUUGCGAUACAGCCAUUCGUAAAUACUCAGCCCGUGUCUUUGGGAUCAAGUCGUUAGUGUUGAAUUUUUAUUUUUUUUUCCAUAAUUAUUAAUUAAGCAAGUUAUUAUUAUGUAAUAAUGCAUUUGCAUUAACCACCGCCUCAUGAUAUGAAUAUUGAUUAUAAAUUAACAUUUAUUAUUUUUAUCAUUACGCAUUCUAUUAAUAUAUAUAUCGAAGUGGAAAAUUGAGUCAAUUUUCAAUUUAAAUUAAUUAAUUAAUUAAAAGAAAAUAACUAUCGGAAAUUCUCUAAAAAAAAAACUCGUUUAAUUUUUUUCAAAAUUUACACAUCGAAAAAAAGUGACCCUGAAGUUAGCAGACAACUUCAAAUUUUCGGAUUUUUUUUUAAAUCGACAAAUCAUAAAAAAAAAUAUUUAAAAAAAUUGCACUUAUAGUUUUUAAAAUUUCCUACAUGUGCAUUUUUUUUUUAUAUUUUUUUUUUUAAUCAUCUUAUUGGAAAUAAAAAUCCAAAAAUUGCUGAUUGUCUGUUAACAGGAUCAUGAAAAAAAGGAUUUCUUGGGGCAUAAAAAAAUUUCUUGCAUUUAAAAAUUUUUUUUAGUCCUCAGAAAAUUUUUGUCUUCGAUUCAUAAUGAAAAAUAUUUUUCUGUGCAGAUAAAAAACAAAUUUUUUUUUUUCGAUAGCAAUCGAAAUUUUUAUGAUAACUAAUUGAGAUGUGAAAAGUAAAUAAAUUAUUAAAGAUACACUGAAUUUUUUUUUUAUAUAAUAAAAAACAAUUACGUUCAACCGUAGCUACUGCAAUUACGUCAAUCUUUUUUUCUUUUAAUUAGAAAUAAAAUAAUCGCAGCUAGAGUGGCGCGAAAAAAAUUA